AUGUCUGGAUAUAUUCGAUACGGCAUGAAGAUAGCGGCCUCCAUCUUAGACUUGUUCCGUGCGGCCUAUGAAAAAUAUCGCAAGGUUGGACUAUCACGCCGGCUCGCUAUACCGAACUUUCCACGACAUAGGAUACACUUGCUAAAGAGUGCCUUAGCUAUAAUGUGCGCCAUCAUUGCUCUAAUUUCGGAGUGUGUUGCAUUUGGAUACUUGACUUCGCUAGUAUUUAUGCUGAUCAGCGAAGUCGGCGUCCACGUUCUGAUCCUGUGGCUACUUGUCUAUGCCAUGCGAAAGACCCCAGAUGUUACCUAUAGCACCAGAUUCCCAGUGGGCAAUAACCAAAGCCGCGGCAACAGGGGGUCAACGUUGAGAUAUCUCUAA